AGUCCAUGCGAAUACGAUAGGUGUUUUUUUGAGGAUAACGUGUUGUUCCGUCACCAUCUAAAAACUUCUGUCAAACCCUUUCUGUCAGCCAAGACCCGGCUGUCGAUAGAUGCUUUCACAUGGUGGCAGAACAUACAGAAUGAGCAACGUAACUUCAGUUUUUAUGAAGAAACUGUGGAUAUGUUUUUUGGGAUUUUUCCACCAGUUCCAGAUCUCGGAAAUGCCAAAUCUGGUGGCAAUGUGACAUGUGCAUUGGUGGGAAAUUCUUUUAAUUUGAAAGGUUCAAGUUAUGGAUCAAUAAUAGAUUCCAAAGAUCUCAUUAUCAGAAUGAACUUUGCUCCAAUCGAAGGCUAUGAAAAAGAUAUACAAGAUAUUGAGUGGCUCAUCAAAGCCUUUACAACAGGAUUUUCUGGAAGUUCAUAUUCACCAAUCAAAUCCAAAAUAACGGCCAACAAAGAAUUGGUGAUGGUGGUCAGUCCAGCUUUUAUAAAGUAUGUUCAUGAAGUCUGGCUCGGAGAAGUUGGGGAUUAUCCUUCUACUGGCUUUAUAUCUUUGGUUCUUGCACUGAACAUUUGCGAUGAGGUCAGUGUUUUUGGCUUUGGAGCAAACAGCAGAGGACAAUGGAACCAUUAUUUUGAAAAAUAUACAGAUAUUAACUUGAAAACAGGACCACAUGCUGGACAACAUGAAUACAACAUUAUACAAGAUUUAGAUUUUGGGAAAAUAGUAAAACUUUACCAUGGAGUGUGACUUAUUUUAAUCAUAUAUUUUUUAUAUUAUUUUUUCAUAUGAAUGGCAGUUCUGAUAGUAGUGAAAAUUAGUGUUGCACCAAUGCUAUUUUUUGGCUCGAUACUAUCUGUUUGAAAUUGAUGUGUGUGUGUGUAUAUAUGAAGAACUGCAUACUACUUGGAUGUAAACUAAUUGCCAUCAUGGCUUUGUCUAGCUGCUGCCCAC